AUGGAGGGAACCAAGAGAUGCCCCAAUUGUAAAAAAGUGUUGGCCCCAGAUGAAUUUAGGGUGUUGAAAAAUGGUCAAACGACAACAAAUUGCAUAUGUUGCCUGGAUAAAAAGAAACAGCAGUGUACCAAAAACAAAUGCCCCCAUGGUAGGCGGAGAGAGCAGUGCAAAGAGGGAAGUCAGAUUUAUCCCCAUGAAAAACAGAGGGCUUAUUGUAAAGAGUGCGGGGGAGUCAGAUUUGCGAGCAUGAAAAGGAUAAGAUCCCAGUGUAAAGAAUGUAAGGGUAGUCAAAUCUGCCAGCAUGAAAAAAGGAGAUCUCAGUGUAAAGAAUGUAAAAGGAGUCAGAUUUACCCUCAUGAGAAAUUAAAGUAUCGCUGCAAGGAAUGCAAGGGCAGUCAGAUUUGCAUCAAACACGGUAGGCGAAGAUCAACAUGUAGAGACUGUGAGGGUGGAAGCAUCUGCAUCGAACAUGGUAGGAUAAGGUCCGAGUGUAAAGACUGCGGGGGCGGAGGCAUUUGUGAGCAUAAAAACAAAGGGCGCAUUGCCCCAUUUGCGACCCUGCCGGCCAUCUUGCUGGUGUUGUUAGCAGCCGAGUCCACAAUACCCUACAAGGAAACAAGGAGCUUGGUUCUCAGGAUAUCUCAGUUGCGAUAUGGCUACGUUGCGGAGCCAUAG